UAAUUCUCUCGUCUACAGAGGAAGUAAAAGGAGAAGAAAUCCAUCCUCCUUCAGUUGUUUCCUCACUUGGCCAAGAACUGUAGCUGGGUACUAGUAUUUACUAAGCAAAGUGUAAGUAGAAUGAAAGAUUGGGCAGCUCUGAUAAUAGCAGUUGCACUAUUUGCGUUUCUCACACCAGGAGUGAUCUUCCAAAUGCCUGGGAAGCAUCGUCCCAUUGAUUUCUUGAAUAUGAAGACUAGCCCUGUCUCCAUUUUAGUACACGCCACCAUCUACGGUUUGCUCCUUAUGCUGUUCCUUGUUAUUCUUCGUGUACAUCUCUAUGCCUAAUUU